AUGGCGCUGGCGAGCGACCCCGGUGCCGGCCAGCAGCAGACCCAGGCCCAGAAGGAUGCCGCGGACCAGAACUUUGACUACAUGUUCAAGCUGCUGAUCAUCGGCAACAGCAGCGUGGGGAAGACCAGCUUACUCUUCCGCUACGCUGAUGACUCCUUUACCUCUGCCUUCGUCUCCACCGUGGGCAUCGACUUCAAGGUUAAGACGGUCUACCGCAACGAGAAGAGGGUCAAGCUACAGAUCUGGGACACGGCGGGCCAGGAGCGUUACAGGACCAUCACCACAGCCUACUACAGAGGAGCCAUGGGCUUCCUGCUGAUGUAUGACAUCACCAACCAGGACUCCUUCUACGCUGUGCAGGACUGGGCGACCCAGAUCAAGACGUACUCGUGGGACAACGCCCAGGUGAUCCUGGUGGGGAACAAGGCUGACCUGGAGGACGACAGGCUGGUACCAGCGGAGGACGGACAGAGACUGGCUGAUGAACUGGGGUUCCAGUUCUUCGAGGCCAGCGCCAAAGACAACAUCAACGUGAAGCAGGUGUUCGAGCGUCUCGUCGACGUCAUCUGCGAGAAGAUGAGCGAGAGCGUGAAUGGGGAGCCCAGCCCAUUGGCCAAUCACAAGGGCCCCAGCCUGCAGGACACGCCCCCAGACAAGGGUGGCUGCUCCUGCUGAUAACGCCUUAAACAUACAUACCGUAUACAUGCUCGUACACACACACACACUGAAAAAAUUAAAUACACAACCACUCCCACACACGCUCAUUGACUUGCCAGAAAUCUAGCGUUGUGAAUGUACUUUUGGUUUUGUAUAACAUUGUUGCUACUAUCCUUAUUACCGACUGGUUCCCCAGUCUCUUGCACUCACUUUGCUUCUAACAACAGAUUUCACAUCAGUCCUCUUGUUUAGAAUGAGCUGAUGGAAUGUAUUUUGCUAUAGGAUAGGCUUCUCGGAGUAGUGUGAAGUUUCCCCUAGACGCUGAUCUUGCCUCAGUUUUACAUUUCCCCCACUAAUGGUUAGGAUUGGGGAGGGUAAGCUGGUCCUAGAUCUGUACCUAGGGGAGACUUCAUCUGGGAACCUUCCCACAACCCAAGCCUAGCCUGAGAAACGUUGUUCAGCGCUGUAGUUCAGAUAUGUUUGAUUGUGUCUUGAUCAUACUGCCCCCGUGUGGAUAUUGAAUGUUACUGCAGCAAUAAUGGAAGCACCCACUAAUCGUGUCAAUAGCUCAGGUGGGUCUGCCUAACGUCAAUGACAAUGUAGGGCCCUGAGUUUCUCCUGGCUGCGUGGUGGAAAAACUCUAUACUAAGGGAGCCCUAUACUAAGGGAGCGUCUAGAGGGCUGGCUUAUGAGGCUAUUGCUUAGGAAUGUUCAUCUGUAGCCUAUACACUGUAAAACCAAAAUGUCAGGUCAACUAUGACCAACCAACUUGCCAAAGUUUCUUGACUCAACUAGAUGUUGGGGGUCAAUUCAAUUUCAAUGCAGUCAAUUCAGGAACUGAACUUCCAUGUUUAUUCUCAAGGAGUAGCGUUGAGGAGAAUUUAGAAUUUCAGGUUACUCCCUGCAUUGGCUGAAUUGAAAAGGAAUUGACCCCCAACCGUGCUGGACCUUCCUGGCCUGCACUGUCCCAUUAACUACUGGAACUGAAUGAGCUAUUAGAUUCUACAUCUGACAUUGAAUGGAAAAACAACGUACUAUAUUUGUGUCUGGUUUGGUUGUGUUUUAUAGGUUCAUGUCUUAGUGCUCAGGUCAAAUGUAAAAGUCAUAGCAUGAUUUCGAUUGAUUGAGUUCAGUCAAUGACUGUCUGCUCAAUCUCCUCGAAUGAACGAAAUAAAAAAUGUAAUGUCA